AUGCGUUCUUCUCUUCCCUCAGCGGGCCUCGUAGCCUCCCUCUUCGUAUCUACUGUCCUCUCAAUUUCCUCCAAAUACCCUUCUUCAGCCUUCAGUCCCAACGACAUCAUCACUCGUGAUGUAGCAAUAAUAGGUGGCGGCUCUUCUGGCACCCACGCCGCUAUAAGCCUCAAAGAUGCGGGCCAAAGCCUGAUAGUCGUCGAGGUCAAGGGCCGUCUGGGAGGGCACACGGAGACCUACACCGACCCUGUAACUGGUCGGGCACAAGACUACGGUGUUCUAGUCUUUCACAACGAGAGUACCGUUCUGGACUACUUCGCCCGCUUCGAUAUACCCCUAGCCAUUCCGGAAUUUGCUACGAAUCGCGCAAACUACGACCUCAGCACCGGCGUCGAGGUCGAUAUCAGUGCUCCCCCUCCUGAAGCUUUAGGCGCCGGACUGCAAGCAUAUGGCACUUUUCUGGCCCAGUACCCGGAGCUUAACAGUGGAAUGUUCCUACCGGACCCUGUUCCAGAAGAUUUGACCAUGCCGUUUGGUGACUUCGUUGUGAAAUACGGUAUCGAAGCUAUUGUGCAAACACUGUACAGCACGAACCAAGGCACUGGGGAUAUCCUCAGCAUGCCAGUAUUGGAGCAGGCGCGUGUCAACGGAUUGGGUCUAGUAGCGCAACUCGCUGCCAACGGUCUCAUCUCUACAGCUCAACGCAACAACAGCGAGUUAUACGGCAAAGCGCAGGCUGAGCUCCUCGACGCCGAUAGCUUGUUGUUGUCCUCUAAAGUGGUAAACUCAGUACGUCACGACGAUGGCGUAGAACUCGUUGUCGAGACACCUGACGGCGUAAAAUUGAUCUGUGCGAAAAAACUCCUCAUUACCAUCCCACCGAAACUAGAUCUCCUUGCAUCGUUCGAUCUGCAAGAGCAAGAACGUGACGUCUUUGCGAGGUUUAUCAAUGCUGGUUACUACUCCGCUCUAAUCAUGAACACGGGCAUACCGGAAGACUUGUUCAUAUACAACUACGCACCAGACACGCCAUACAAUCUACCUGCAAUCCCAGGCAUCUACCUCAUGCAACCAACUGCCAUCCCCGGUGUCAAGGCAAUCUACUACGGUACUGAUGUCUCAAAUGCGACUUAUCCUCUCUCUGACGAUUUCAUCAAAGGGGAACUCAUUGCGAGUAUCAAGAGGCUACAGGCUGCAAACCCUGACAAGUUCAAUGCAACAGAGCCAGAAUUUGUCGUUUACACGUCGCAUGCGCCAUUCUACGUCCAGGCCACAUCUGAGGAUAUCAAGGCUGGGAUUUAUGACGAGAUGAAUGCGCUACAGGGCUUGAAAAGUACGUAUUGGAGUGGGGCUGCAUUUAGGGCACAUGAUAGCAGUGCGCUGUGGCAAUUUAACAAGGAGGUAGUCUUACCAAUGUUGACGAAGGGGCUCUGA